ACUACACAGAAGGAUGGUUAUGAUUGAUCUGGGACGCUUCUGGCUCUGUCGUCAUAACAGUUUGAAGACGCGGUUUGAGAAGCUUGCUGAGUAAAACAUAAAACAGCAAAACUACUAGCGUCAUACUCUACAGCUAGCUAUAUUUCACGAAAUCCUAACAUUUGUAAACAAGGCUGUUCUGGCAGCAAAACUUCGAAAUCGGAAACCCGCAAACGCAUUGACAGGCGAAAUAUUUGGCAUAAACAGACGACAGCUUAGCUAACUAUCUAAUACUAGUUAGUUAACGUCGUUCAUCAGAAUUGAACACCUAGCUACGGACCUUCACAAUGCAAUGUUGUGUUUGGGGGUGCAAGGCCCAAUAUCGGAAAGGAGGAGGGUUAGGGUUUUUCCGAUUCCCUACUGGAGAGAACGAAAUUGCUCAAAGUUAAAGGAAAACUUGGAUAAAAAUGAAAAACCAAACCUACAUCCGGACCACCCUGACUUUGCCCCAUCCCUCUUCCUUCGCCCAGAGGACGAUGCCUUGAGUCCGAACACAGCUCAGACAGAAGGGAAAGGAAACCUGCAGAGCUAUGACAGGGCAGUGAAGAAGAAGAAGUGCCUUGACCUUAGUGAGGUUGGAGGUGCUGACCUGAGGGACAGUUAUGCUGACACCAUAGAAGAAACUGAAGAGCAGGACCUGGGCACCUGUGUAUCGUGUGAGGUCCUGAGGAAGUCCUUAAAUUAUCUGCAGUCCAGGCAUGAUGCUCUGCAAGUCGAAGCUGUCAAUCUCAGGGCGGAGAGAGACUUUUACAAAGAUAACACAUCUCAAUCCUCUCUCUUUGUUGACACCUUUACGGACAGAGACAAUCAAAUGCAUACCGUGAGAGAAGUGCCAAGCAUGGCUAAACCAAAUGGUAUGAACCAACAAUGUACUGGGAUGGUUGAGGAGCCAUGUCUUAUGGAGGUUGAGGGGUCAUGUUCUGUGAAGGUUGAGGAGCUUUGUCCUGUGAAGUUUGAGGGGGACUAUGAUCAAGUGUUGAUUAAGGAAGAGGAACAACAGGUCCAAAUAGAACUUUGUAGCCCGUUGGCUAGUCAGGACAAAGUGACCCAUGUCUCCCAGGAUAAACCUACCCAGCAUAGCAACAUUAUGAAGGUCACCAGGCGACCAUGUCUGUUAGCUCAGCAUAAACCCAUCCAGAUAGUCAACACAAUGUCACUCACCGGGGUGGUAGCCCCCAGACCCCCAAGUCAGGUAACCAAGGAUAAACCCAUCCAGCUUGCCAAAACCAACGACCAAUAUUUUGUGAAGGGUGAGGUGGACUAUGAUCAAAUGUCGAUUAAGGAAGCAGAGCAACAGGUCCAAAUAGAAAUCUGUAGCCCCUUGGCUAGUCAAGACAAAGUGACCAAUGUCUCUCGCAGGUUGCUAAUUCAUGUCCCCAAGGAUAAAACUAUCCAGCUUGCCAAAGCCGUAGUAGAAAGCCACCUAAUGACGAACCAUCUGCCUGGCAGCCAAACCACUGCUGAGCCUUUGCAGAAGACUCCUCUGUCAGCUCAAAGGACACCUGUUGCAGGCAAACAAAUUCAGAGAAGCAUAACACACACAGAGAGGGAUGAGUUGCUUUGGCUGGGCUACAUGAAGUGGAAUGUGCGUCUUCCUGCAAGCACAAUUAGAACCGCACACAAGUUUCAGACGCCUAGGGCAACAGUGCAAUACCUUCUACACGCGGUCUUCUCCCAAUGUGAACUCGCCACCAGCAAUCUCAAGGGCAUCCCUGCACUGGGCCUUAACAAACUGGACCCGGACAAACUUUCUGCCAUAAGACAGUUUGUCACCACCAAGUUUCGCCGUUUAGACAUGCGUCAAUGUGGUAAAGACUGGGUCAAGUGCCGGCGCCAGAUAACCAGCAUGCUCAGGAACAUUCGGAAGGAGGACAGGAAGACGAGGGGGCUCUCAGGAAACCUUUUUAUGAGAGAGAAGGUGUUAACGGAUCAGAGUUUACCCAGUCAGCCAUCGCCUCCCUCAUUCCCCUCGUUCUCCCAACAGCACACAGCUGCCUUCUACAACCCAACAGAAGAAGAAGAGAUCCUCUGUCUGGAGAGUUAGGUUACACAAUAUCUGUAAUGAUGUUUGCAUUUUCUUGUAAUAAACAGUUUGUUGGGAGUAAAAAAUAUAAUAUGACUGACAAUGUAUAUCGGCUACAUGUGGUAGAGUGGAGCUUUGAAGGAGUGAUGUGUGGAUACUGGGUUAGGUUAGGGUUAGUCACAGGCUGUGUUCAAUAGCAGUUGUAUAGAUGGGGUGAGCUGCCCCCAGAAUAUAAAGUGCUUGAGACUGGUAAACAACCUAAAUGCAAUCCAUCAUUAUAACAUGGCACUCCAAUCAGACCUGUCGGUGGCUAUGAAAUGGCCUCUUUUUCCUCAUCUCCUUCCUGCUGGCUCUCCCCAUUAUGAGCACGUUAGAAGUGAAUUCCUGCUGGCUCUCCCCAUUAUGAGCACAUUAGAAGUGAAUUCCUGCUGGCUCUCCCAAUUAUGAGCACAUUAGAAGUGAAUUCCUGCUGGCUCUCCCCAUUAUGAGCACAUUAGAAGUGAAUUCCUGCUGGCUCUCCCCAUUAUGAGCACGUUAGAAGUGAAUUCCUGCUGGCUCUCCCCAUUAUGAGCACGUUAGAAGUGAAUUCCUGCUGGCUCUCCCCAUUAUGAGCACGUUAGAAGUGAAUUCCUGCUGGCUCUCCCCAUUAUGAGCACAUUAGAAGUGAAUUCCUGCUGGCUCUCCCCAUUAUGAGCACAUUAGAAGUGAAUUCCUGCUGGCUCUCCCCAUUAUGAACAUGUUAGAAGUGAAUUCCUGCUGGCUCUCCCCAUUAUGAGCACAUUAGAAGUGAAUUCCUGCUGGCUCUCCCCAUUAUGAGCAUGUUAGAAGUGAAUUCCUGCUGGCUCUCCCCAUUAUGAGCACAUUAGAAGUGAAUUCCUGCUGGCUCUCCCCAUUAUGAGCACAUUAGAAGUGAAUUCCUGCUGGCUCUCCCCAUUAUGAGCAUGUUAGAAGUGAAUUCCUGCUGGCUCUCCCCAUUAUGAGCACAUUAGAAGUGAAUUCCUGCUGGCUCCCCCCAUUAUGAGCACGUUAGAAGUGAAUUCCUGCUGGCUCUCCCCAUUAUGAGCACGUUAGAAGUGAAUUCCUGCUGGCUCUCCCCAUUAUGAGCAUGUUAGAAGUGAAUUCCUGCUGGCUCUCCACAUUAUGAGCAUGUUAGAAGUGAAACCAAAGGUGGAUAGUCUUUCCAUAAGGGAGCUGAGUGAAAUAACUCAUACACACAUUUUGAGCAUAAUAUACUAGGUAUAUAUAAUCUGUACAUAGAUUAAUUAUUUUAUUUCAAGUUAUUUUAACAGGAUUCCUGUAUGCCUGGAGUUCAUUCACUCAGCCAGUUUUUUAGGGUAAAGGUUUCCAACGUUUGCAGCUGGUGGCACCGUGGAAGCCCUGGCUAUGUAAACAAAAUCAAUGUGGGGAUUGCUGUGUCGUCUAACAUGGACUUCUUUUCAUUUAAUUUCAUGACAUAGGUGAACUAUCUGUUUAAUCAAACCAGUCCCAUGGAUACUCAGGACUACUUUAACCACCCUCUGUUUCUAUGGUGACGCCACAAUCUGUUCCUCACAAAAGUAGGGCGGCAUUAGAAAAUAUUUCACAUGCAUCAGGACCCAGGGCAUUUAGCAUUUAUCUCUAACCAAGUAUGUAAUCAGCAUGCAGUUGCUUACCUAUGUGUGACUAAUGAAAUCAAUUGGAUCAGAUGUAGGAUGGUACAUUACGGUUACUGAUAGUUUCCACGAUAUAAUCUACUAUCAUCUACCCAGACAUGUGCUGUGUCUGAAAUGGCCAGGGAAUAGGGUGCCAUUUAAAAUGCUGCUAUAGGCACAUUUGUAUCUCAUUCUAAGAUAGGCCACAGAAAAGGGCUUGAUGUUUGAAUGUAGGAAAACGCUUUAUGCAAAUUCCCACAUCCUCAGGGAAUUGACUCUGAAACGUCUCACUUAUUUUUUGUCAGAGGACACCAAGUCCAUUAGUGAUGCUAUGGCAACUAUUGAAAUAAGUAUUUAUAACAAGGUCUUUAGUCUUUACAUCUUAACACAGAGAACCUUGAGUCUAGUUG